AUGUCGUCCGACCUCGGGCACAACGACGACUGGGAGGCCAACUACGAGGACCUCAUGGCGAUGGAGGACAGCUACGGCAGCGGCGUGGAAGAUCUGAGCAGCGCGGCGAUGGAGAUCGCCAACGCGCGCAUGGCGGAGCAGAAGAAGCUCAGGGAGGAGAUGCUGAAGAACCGCGGGAUACAGCCGGGAGACAGGGUCACCGUCGCGGUGCGCGUCGGCGCGCCGUACCCGGAGCGCGUGAAGCGCUACCACUACGCGACGGACCCGUUCGGCGGCGAGGGGCUGGGGCACGAUCCGUCGAGCUCGGGACGGAGAGGAGGAGGAGGAGGAGGAGUCGGCGCGUCUCAGGGCUCCGACUGGGACGAGGACGACGUCGGAGGCGCCGGGAGAGGGAGUCAUCACGGAGCGGGCUCCGCGGGGACGAGCGUCGCCUCCGAGGGCGACGCUGGCGCGAAGCGGUGGAAGAUCGAACAUCAGAUCGGAUACGUCGUCGCCGUCCGCGGCGAGGGCGGCGGACGCGUCGGCGUGAAACGCAACGGCCACCCCGAGGAUAGCGACGAGAGCUUCCCGACGUACCCGAAGGAGUGGGUCAGGGUCCUGGACGUGGGGGAGAUGUGGGAGAUCAAGACCGGGCCGAGGAACAUGGGCGCGUUCGCGUCGGACGAGGAUUACGCCCAGGCGCAGGCGGCGUGGACGGCGGCGACGGGGGAGGCGUCACAUUCGCGCGAGAAGAGCGAAACCAAAACCAAAACCAAAAACUAG